CGCGUCGUCCCCAACAAGUCCAUUUGGGUUCGCUCCCUCCAUACCGUAAAGACUCCUCCCUCCUAGUGUUUCUCCCAUCCUGUCUUCUCGCUCUCCGUCUUUCUGGCCCUAUUCCCACAUCCUCUCUCGCUCGGGCAACCAGGACGGAGAGUCUGAUCCAACAUCCAAGAUGGCUAACGAGCACCACGCACGCGUUGCCAAGUGGCAAGGCGACCUGCUGCCGAACAUAAUUGACCGGCUGGCCCGCGACCUGCCGGAUGCCGUGUACGGCGAGUGGCCGGUGCUUCCCACGUCCUACGACGCCGGCUUCUACACCGUCACGUACGCGCAGCUAGCCAACGCCGUCAACGGCUUGGCCUGGUGGCUCAUAGACCGGGUCGGCCGCCCCUCGGUCCCGACAGCCGACACGGAGGUGCUCGCGUACAUGGGGCCGAACGACGUCCGCCUGACUGCGCUGAUGUUCGCCGCCGCCAAGACGGGAUAUGUGGUGUUCCUCCCGUCGCCACGCAACAGCGCGGCGGCGCACCAGGCCCUCUUCGAAACCCUCCGGUGCCGCCUUCUUGCUACCCCGGACCCGGUGCCGGCUCCCGCCGUCGCGGCCUUGGAAGUUGUCAAGCCCCGUCAUCUAGCCGUGCCGGGCGUCGAGGAGCUGCUCCAUAAGGACUACCCGCCCUAUGUGAGUGACAAGGUGUUUGAAAAAGCCCGCUGGGAUCCGCUUGUUAUCGUGUGAGUCCUUCCUCAUUCACCUGGUCCUCGCGCCCUGGCCGUGGAGUCUAAAUAAACGUGGCACCAGACAUACUUCAGAGUCCACGGGUAUUCCGAAACCCUUGAUCUGGACCCACGAGACGGUGGCACGCCAGCAAAACACCUCCGUCCUCGCCGCUCCGGAGGCGAUGCUUUCG